AGCCGCCCCGCUGUGGAGGCGGUGUCGCGCAUGCGCGCUGCGGCGCUUCCGUGGCGGCCCGAGGGCGAGCGGAGGCGGGAGUCGGGCCCAGCCGAGCCGAGCCGCCGCCGCACGCACCGCGCCAUGGCCAGCUCCCCCGUGUCUCGCGUGGUUUAUAACGGGAAGCGCAGCGGCGGCCCGCGUUCACCCGGCGCCGGCGGCGAGAUCUUCACUCCGGCCCACGAGGAGAACGUGCGCUUCAUCUACGAGGCCUGGCAGUGCGUGGAGCGGGACCUGCGCGGCCAGAUGGGCUCCGAGCGCGGCCUGGUCGAGGAGUACGUGGAGAAGAUGCCGAACCCCAGCCUGAAAGCGUUUAAGCCCGUCGAUCUGAGCGACCUGAAGCGGAGGAACACACAAGAUGCCAAGAAGUCGUAAGGCAGGUCUCCGGCUUGUUGGCCAGUCUUUAAAGUCCUCAAGCAGAUUUAAGUUGAGAUUUUGUGUUGAUUUCCUCCUCUGGUUACUGUACUCCACCUGUGGGAGAGCCGCUCGGCUCUGGGGCUGGCUUUGGAGUUACCUGAAUUCCACGAUGCUUAGGGGCUCAAUGAAGCUACACAGAGCCCCCUGUAAAACAUUGCGGCCCCUGACCCACAGCUUCCUCAGGCCUCCAUGCUGCGCUCACCAGUCACUUGUUCUUCUUCCAUCUCUGUCCCUGGUGUGCUGAGCAUUUGGGCUUCCUGGGCUCUGGUGCAGAGCAGGGCAGAGCGCCCGUGCUGUUGGUAGAGGCAGUGCCGGCUCUCUGCUCCCUUCUGUGCAUCAAGGGCUCACGGGUGCUGGAAUGGACCAAGGGGAGAAAGAAGAAAACCUGGUGCCAAGGGACACACUGGCAGCCCCGGUUCAGCACCAUCAGGCAGCUGAGUGCUGCCACUUUGGCACACUUUGCCUAUUCUUUGCUCCCUGGUUGGAGGGCUUAAUUUGUACCAAGUCUGCUAAUGCCCAGGACUCAUCAGUGUUACCAGAGCUCUUGGGUCUACAUCCAAUGCUGGAUUUUCCUGUGCUUAGAUUGGGCCAUUUCCUUGUAGUGCUGGUAGUGGAGCUGCUCCUCUUUCCCUGAGUGGGGAGGGAGAGCCCCAGACAUUUUGGAGGUGCUCUGAGUAGGAGCGCUGAGUUAAUGCUCAGCCCCCUCCAGGAAGGUGGCGGUGGGGGAGUGGCUAACACCGACUUUGCAUUAAAAAAAGCUCAUUUGCAUCCUUGCCUGAGCAACUUCUUCACUAACACCGCUUCCCAAACACGAACCCUUUGAAGAGACCUGAUGUCCACAGCUGGCAAUAACAUUGUGUGCAGGCUGUGGUGGUCUGGUGUGAUUCACCCUGGUUUCUCAGGACCCUUGCUCCUGUCUAAUCCUUUCUGUGCAGGGAGAGUCACUGUGCCCUCAUGCCUGUGAGGACAUAAGCAGCUGUGGGGCUCCUGGGUGCCUCUGGGGGUGUGGGGAGCUGUGGGAGUAGCCUCCUUCCUGUGUUCAGAGCUGGCAGGGAGGGAGCUGCGGGGGCUCUGCCCAGCACGUGGUGGAUUCAGAGCGCAGGGGAGUUGUGGUUGCUGUUAACUUUCCUUUGUUCCGUCAUUGAGCUGUACCGUUCCCUUUUCUUUGUUUGUUUUUUUCUGUUGUCUGUCACUUGAGGAGUGUUGUAAAUAAAAACUGGUGUUCUUUUGA